CUCAGGCGAAAUUGCCAUUCUUGUCGCUGACGAUAUUUUUUGGAUUUUCUAUGGAUGCUAUUUAUUAUCAGAGGAACGCGUGACCAACUCAAAAGAGAAACAUUAAUUAUUUUACUGAUCGUGACGUUACAUAUCCAUUCCUGUGGCGGAUAGGAUAGGAGGUGUUGUUAUUUUCAGGGGCGUUGAUAUACUAAAACCGAAUUGGAUCGGUGUAUCAGCAAACAUGUCUUUCCCUCCUCAUCUGAACCAGAUAGCCCAGUUACCCCCUGGCAUUUCCCCCUCACAGUUUGCUGGGUUUCCAACCACUGUACCUACAGCAAGUCCGAUAAUUCCAGUCCCAGUGGGAAUGAUGCCUCCCUCUCCAGCGGUUUUGAUACAAACUGCAAUGCCAGUAGUUCAGAAGCUGACUAAGGACUCCUUUGGCACCCGUAACAAGGACUCAGAGGAAGGUACGGGUAACAACACAGGACCGACCACCACAGUGUUUGUUGGAAACAUCUCAGAAAAGGCCUCUGACAUGUUGGUGCGGCAGAUGUUGGCAAAAUGUGGUUUAGUCCUCAGCUGGAAAAGAGUCCAGGGGGCUUCUGGAAAACUGCAAGCGUUUGGUUUCUGUGAGUACAAAGAGCCAGAGUCCACUCUGAGAGCUCUCCGACUGCUUCAUGAGCUGCAAGUGGGUGAUAAGAAGUUACUUGUGAAGGUGGAUGCAAAGACCAAAGCUCAGCUGGAUACCUGGAAGGCCGGUCAGAGGAGACGAAAUGGGACUCCUCAGACUGGAGAAGAGGCUAAAGAUGAAGAGGAGGAAGAGGUUCUGGAUGAGGAGACGAAGCGGCGUGAUCAGAUGGUGAAAGGUGCCAUAGACAGUCUGAUCCGGGAAUACUCCAGCGAGCUCUCAGCCUCCUCACAGGAUGCUGAAGCCCAUCAACGCAAGAAACGUAAAGAGAAGAAGGAGGAUGAUAUAAAUGCCAUGGAGCUGGAAGAUGACAAGCGAGACCUGAUUUCCAGAGAGAUUAGCAAAUUCAGAGACACACACAAGAGGUCAUAUGGUGACUAAAGCAAGAUGAAUCUCAGAGCUUUGGAAAAAGUUGCUGGAAUAGAGGAUGUAAGUAUGAGCUUCCUUUUCUAUUCUUCAUAUCUUGGGCGCCUCCUUCUGGAGGAUGCACAAAGGCGCAACUGGCUCUGUGUCUCAGAAAUGUGGCAAUGAGGAUGCUAUAGUGACAAAAAGAUCCGCUGAAAUGUAACAUACUUUGAUGUAUUGACCUCAGGAGACAAACUGUAAAUCUUGAGUUGUGUGCGUUCAGCGGAAGUUGCUCAAUAAACCAUAUUUUUGGAAGGUGUUGUGUGGGCAGAGCUCAGUGAACCUUUGCGAGUCCUCUGUGUGAGAAAUGCAGUACUGAAUAACCACUGCAGUAUUUUUCACUGCAGUCUGAGGGGGGCGCCCUUUCACAGCACGCUCAAAGCUGAAGAUUCCCCAGGUAAGAUGCCAUAUUUCUUUCAUGUCCCAUUCCCUCUUUCUCUCUGUUUCUAUCUGUUGUUUUUUUUUCUUUUUUCUUUCUGUUGUUAGAUUACAUUUGAUACAAUAAUACAUUACAACUGUGAUAUGUUAUCCGAAUAGAAUUUGCCCUUAUUCUGUGUAUUUGAGACAGUCAUAUUAUGAGGAAUCAAAUUUUCCUUGUUCUACUUGAGAUACAAGCUAAUUGUAUGAUGGAAACAGACUCUAAUCAUUUAACAAUGUAAUGCCAGCUUAUUGAGACUUAUUGAAGUUAAAAACUAUAUUAAAUCUUACAGCA